AGCUCCCAGUAUUAAUACUCUGGACGUCCUGAAGUUUGGAUUAGAAACGACAAGAAUGGGGGAAAAUUACCAGUACCCUAUUUUCUUCGAGUGUAACAAGCUUCAUGGGGAGCAGAAGAAUAAAUUACAGGCAUAUUUUCGUGUCCGCCGACGGUCCGGUGGAGGAGACUGCGGCCCAUUGACAAGAGUGGCCCAGGACGUCUACAGGAUAGCGUUCAAAAAUCAGACGGAUCAACAGGAAGUACUGAGGAGAUCCGAGCAUGCAGUUAACUUCAGUGAUGGUCGUCUGGUGUUCAGUGUCAGGGGCAGCCUGUCACCUCCGACCUCUCCUCAAGACACCACCCCUGCAGCGCCAGCAGAGACCCAACAGUCCAUUCCUGACUCAACUGCCACACUGAGUGGUAAGGAAGUUGAAGAAAAACUAGAAGAACUGGAGCUUUCUACCCUGAAGGACUCUCCUGAUUCAGAGGAACCGCUCAGCUCUGGUUAUUACUCUGCAGAGCAUUACCAAGUGAAGGAAGAGACCUUAGUGAGGAGAUUAUCUCAAACUGAACCUGUGGGUGGAGUCAGUGACCAGAGGGGAGAGAAGGGCCGACAGUCUGAUGGUACUCUGAGCCAAUAUGGUAAAAAUCUACAUGAGGAUGAAGCACCUACAGAAAACCUACAGUGUUUAGAUGUAGAAGAUGAGCCACAUUUAAGUGAGCGUUUUGGAACUUUGAGUUUCUCUGAAACAACCACACCAGUAGCCACCUACACCCUUACUGAUGGUAUUCAGUUGGUGGUGUAUCAGGGGGACAUCACCACGUUUGAAGCUGACGCCCUGGUGAACUCUGCCAAUGAGGAUCUGAAUCAUUGCGAAGGCGUCGCUGCUGCCCUGAGUCAGGCUGGGGGUCCUGAAGUACAGAGUGAAAGCGAUAAUCUAAAGAAAUAUAAAGGAAAAAUCCCUACAGGGGAAGUGGUAGUGACCAGUGGGGGUAAACUACGCUGCAAAAGACUGCUGCAUGCUGUUGGUCCUGUGGGUGGGAAAGCAAAUGGGAAGGAGAGGAUGUUACUGGAAAGAACUGUUCGCCGUGCUCUGAGUUUAGCAGAAAUGAUUAAAUUUAAAUCCAUCGCCAUUCCCUGUAUUGGCUCAGGAGUGUUUGGCGUUCCCAUCAUAGUUUGCUCCGAGGCCAUUGUGUCUGCUAUCAAGGAGUUCUGUAGUCAGGGUGAGCUAAGUCUUAAAACAAUUGCACUGAUAGAUGACAGAGGGGAGGUGGUGAGGGCCAUGCAGGAAGCAUGUGACAGGCUUCUUCUGGGGCACCGGGCUGCAUUCCCUACAGAAAGCGAAGGUCCGCUAGGAGUGGAAGUUCAGUUUGAUUCUGCAUGUCAAAGCGUAGCCAGAAGAGCCACUGCUGGUGCUCAGAAGGGCCUUGUCCAUGUGGAGAUUGUUCUGGGGACCAUUGAGAGCCAGCAGACAGAUGCAGUGGUAUCUCCUAUGGUCAACCACGAUCCUCUGUCUACCCGAGUUGGAAAUAUUCUCAGCAAAAAAAUUGGUCUUAAGCGAACUAAAAAGGUUGAACAGGAAUCACGAGAGGAAUCGAUGCCUGGCGACAUCAUACUAGUGGAAGAAUUGACUGGAGUUCCUUUUGGUGCCGUGUUUUUCCUCAGCCUUCUUCCAUGGGAUGAAGAAGACAAUGGAAUUGCCGUCGAGGUUCUCCGACUGGGCAUCAACAAAAUCCUGACUUCCUGUGAGAACAGAGGGUUUGGAUCUGUGGCCCUACCUGCACUCGGGGCUGGCAUUGCCCUUCGUUUUCCGGACGCUCUGAUCGCCAAGGUUUUACAGGAGGAGAUCUGUAAAUUUGAACAGGAGAGAACCACCAGCACACCAGUCCGGGUCUGCAUUGUUCUACAAGAUGAAGAGGCUAUUGAGGCCUUCAUGCAUGUCCAAGAAGAUAUGAACUACAAAAGAUUCACUGGAAAUGAUGUGGAGAGUGACCAAAAUCUGGAAUCCAGUACAAAGAGGAUUGUUCUGCUGGGGAAAACCGGAUCUGGGAAAAGCCACCUAGGUAACACCAUUCUGGGAGAGGACGUUUUUCCUUUAUAUCAUUCUCCUAACUCAGGAACAUAUGCAUGUCAGUCAGAGACAAGAACGGUCCGUGGGAGACGCCUUACUUUGAUCGACACACCUGGUUUCUUCGACACUGCCAGGAGUGAAGAGGAGUUGAUGCCUGAGAUAAUGGGUUGCCUCACUGAGUGUGCGCCUGGACCACACGUCUUUCUCAUUGUGCUCAAAGUGGACAAAUUCACAAAGCACGAGCAACAGCUUAUCACCAAAAUAUGCAAGCAUUUCUCAGAGGAUGCUUUAAAUUAUGCUGUAAUCGUGUUCACUCAUGGUGGCCAGCUCCAAGAAAGGAUGACAAUCGAAGAGUUUGUCAGUCAGAAUACGGAUCUGAGUAAUCUGGUGAGGAAGUGUGGAAGUCGGUGCCAUGUCUUUGAUAAUAAACACUGGAACGGAGAAGACCAAGACGAUUACAGGAGCAACCAGGUCCAGUUGGAGGCGUUCCUUCAAACACUAGACAAGAUGAUGGUGCAAACAAAGGGAUCUUACUACACCAAUGAUGUUCUGCAGCACGUAGAAGAAAAGAUCCAGAAGCAAGAAAAGCAGAUUAGAGAGGUCUCAGUAGAUUUACCCCCACAGGAGGUCAGAAAACAGGCUAAAGCCCUCGUGUCCAAUGAAUUUUUGACAAAGCUAGCAGGUACUGCCACCGGCGCUGUAUUGGGGGCAUUUUUUGGAGUGAGAGCUUUAAUGGAAAUAGUUCUGAAGCUUGUGAACAAUCCAGCCCAACUGAUGAAUCACGUGAGAACCCUGAAGAAGAUGGCACUACCUGCAGCGGGUGUAGCAGGAAGUGAGGUGGCCAUUGCAGCCGUUGGAGUGGUCGCAGGUGUUACUGCAGUAACUGCGGCUGCUGCAGGAGGAAUACGAGGUGGUGCCAUUGGAUAUAAAGUAUCUACGGAAGCAAAAACUCCAAUAGAGGCCAUAGAGAAGACUUAUGAGGCUGUCAUGGAGAACAGAAAUGCGUUAAGGAUGCUUCCACCAAAUUAGUAUUUGGCAUUGGCAGUUGUAAAAACAUGGAGUUUGAUGAAUAUUCUUAUUCUCUGCAAAGUUAUCUUAAAUGUAUUUUUUUGUGCAAUCACUCGCCCCAUUGAGCAGAAUCAUUUCAGUGCCUUUAACCGUGGAAGUUUCAGCAUCAACUAGUUAAACUAGUUUGCCUCUUUAUUUGAAGGAAUGUCUAUGAUUAAACUGCACCUGCAAGCUAUAAUCAGUAGGGGGAACCAUUUAUCUUUUUUUCUCUCUGUUUUUUACAGUUUUUAUUCCUGCUUUUGUAAAGGUACUGAAUGACAUAAUUGUCAUACUGGGUCAUUGUUCCACAAACAUACACUGAUAAGGCACAACAUUAUGACCAGCAUGGGUAUGACUGGUCUUCAGAGGGUUCAGCACUGUUUGUGAUCAACAGAGAAACACUGUGGAUUCUGAUAGCUUUCCUUUUAGUGUGUUGAGACCAAUCAUACAGAAUUACUUGUCUAAGAUAUUGAUUUGUAGUUUUUGUCUAUUUCUAAACAGUUUUUUGUGCUCAUUUAUGUACUUUCAGUGGUGUACUUGUGUUAACAGUUAAGUUUACAGAUUUUUACAUUUUUACCUUGUCUUAGGCGUAUGGGUUUGUUAUUUAACUCUCUAAACCUUUAAAUUCUUCGUGUUCAUUCUUUCACAUAAUUUAUCAAUGUGUGCUCCAAGCUUUUUUGUCUGUUUUCAAAUCAGAUUAUGCCUUUGAAAAUUAAACAUUUUUGUUAGUCUAGGCAAAACUUUGUGUUAUAACUUUAUUUGAAAGAUAAUAAAAAGAAACACAGGCAUAAACACUGAA